AUGGCCCAAAAGUCCAAGAAGCAAAAGCAACUUCGGACCGAAGAGUCAGAGUCCGAACCGGAGGGCUUGGGUGUUCAGCCCAAGAAGUCGCAGCCAUACCAAGCGUUCUGCUUGGGAGGGCCUUCCAAGGGUGCGACUGGCAUCUCCAUUGCUCCGGGGGAGCCACGAACAAGGCAAAGAAAGGCCACAGACCCUGGGAGAAGACCGGGCAAGGAAUCAGCAAGCGAUACGACUCUUGCUGGAGACCUGAUGUCCAUAUCCCUUCAGCACCUGAGCCAGGAUGGGAUUGAGGAAUGUCGAAAAUUAUGUGGUGGCCAUGGAUACUUGUGUAGCAGUGGACUUCCAGAACUAUUUGCAGUAUAUGUCCCUGCUUGUACAUAUGAAGGAGACAACACUGUGCUACUUUUACAGGUUGCAAGGUUUCUCAUGAAAACCGUCUCUCAACUGGGGUCUGGAAAGAAGCCAGUUGGGACAAUAUCUUACAUGGAACAAGUGGAACAUCUGAUGAAGUGUCAUUGUGAGGUUCAAAUAGCUGAAGAUUGGUUAAAGCCUGCUGUAAUACUGGAGGCUUUUGAAGCAAGGGCCACUAGGAUGUCUGUUGCCUGUGCUCAAAACCUGAGCAAGUUCACAAAUACAGAAGAGGGCUUUUCAGAACUCUCAGCUGAUUUAGCUGAGGCAGCGGUUGCUCAUUGCCACUUAAUUGUUGUUUCAAAGUUCAUUGAGAAAUUGCGACAAGACAUACCUGGAAAGGGGGUGAAACAAGUGUUAGGAAUGCUCUGCAACAUUUAUGCUUUGCAUAUUCUUCACAAAAAUCUGGGUGAUUUUGUAUCCACUGGCUGCAUAACUCCCAAGCAAGCUUCACUUGCUAAUGAGCAGCUAAGAUCUUUGUAUUCCCAGGUCCGUCCUAAUGCGGUUGCCCUUGUUGAUUCAUUCAAUUAUACUGACCAUUUUCUGGGAUCGGUCCUAGGCCGGUAUGAUGGAAACGUGUAUCCAAACCUCUACGAGGAAGCUUGGAAGGACCCUCUAAAUGACUCAGUUGUACCUGAUGGCUACCAUGAAUAUAUUCGUCCCAUUCUGAAACAACAGCUCCGAACUGCAAGACUCUGAGGACAUAAGCACUGGAACAACGGCUCCUAUUACAAAUUAAAAUAGUAUAAUCAGUAUCAUAAAAUAGUUAACUUAAAGCCAAUAAAAUUACCUAGAUUGUGAUCAGAAGAAUGGGCUCUGGUCCCUAUAUUGAAUGCCUUAAAUGGAAAAUAUUGGUGAAUAAGUGGUACUUAAAUUAUGGCAGAGAAAAUUUAAAUGUGUGGAAGGAUAAAAUAAUUGCUCUUAUUACAGAUUAACGGCCUUUUAAAUUGAUGUUUGCAUUUUAGCCAUUAUCAGUGUGUACUAUAUCUAUUAUAAAUUGAUGUAGAAUUUACUUCCUAAUGAACAUGGGACUAACCUCUAUGGUUCAAUCUCACUUUCAUGAGUUCUGUAAGCUUUAUAAACAACAAAGUAUAAAUUGAUUAAAUUCCAUGGAUUGUUUCGUA